UGCUGCACUGCCACCCUUUUGCCAACAGUCCUGGGGACAUCGCUGGGUUCCGGGGCCCCACGGCCACAGCCAUGUUUCGCAGGAAACGCAGCGUCUCCUUUGGGGGCUUCGGAUGGAUCGACAAGACCAUGCUGGCGAGCCUGAAGGUCAAGAAGCAGGAGCUGGCCAACAGCUCGGAUGUGACCUUCCCAGACCGGCCGCUGUCCCCUCCUCUCACUGCGCCUCCCACCAUGAAGUCGGCGGAGUUCUUCGAGAUGCUGGAGAAAAUGCAGGGGAUCAAGCUUGAAGAGCAGAAGCCCGGACCCCAGAAGAACAAGGAUGACUAUAUCCCGUAUCCCAGCAUUGAUGAGGUUGUGGAGAAGGGAGGCCCGUACCCCCUGAUUGUCCUGCCCCAGUUUGGGGGCUACUGGAUCGAAGACCCGGAGAACGUGGGGACGCCGACCUCCCUUGGCAGCAGCAUCUGUGAGGAGGAGGAAGAGGACAGUCUCAGCCCCAGCACAUUUGGCUAUAAGCUCGAGUGCAAGGGCGAAGCCAGGGCCUACCGCAGGCACUUCCUAGGGAAGGAUCACCUAAACUUUUACUGCACUGGCAGCAGCUUGGGGAACUUACUCCUGUCCAUCAAGUAUGAGGAGGCGGAGGGCAUUGAGUACCUACGGAUCAUUCUCAGGUCCAAAGUGAAGACCGUGCAUGAGCGGAUCCCCUUGGCUGGACUGAGCAAGUUGCCCAGCGUCCCUCAGAUUGCAAAGGCUUUCUGUGAUGAUGCAGUGGGGCUGAAAUUCAAUGCUGUCCUGUACCCCAAGGCCUCCCAAAUGAUUGUGUCCUAUGAUGAGCACGAUGUCAACAACACAUUCAAAUUUGGGGUCAUUUAUCAAAAAGCCAGGCAGACCCUGGAGGAGGAGUUAUUUGGGAACAACGAAGAGAGCCCAGCUUUCAAGGAGUUCUUGGACCUGUUGGGGGACACGAUCACACUGCAGGACUUCAAAGGUUUCCGAGGUGGCCUGGAUGUGACCCACGGACAGACGGGGGUGGAAUCAGUAUACACGAUAUUCCGGGACAGGGAGAUCAUGUUUCACGUCUCCACAAAGCUGCCGUUUACUGAAGGAGACGCCCAGCAGCUCCAGAGAAAGAGACACAUUGGGAAUGACAUUGUGGCCAUCAUCUUCCAAGAAGAAAACACACCGUUUGUCCCCGAUAUGAUUGCCUCCAACUUCUUACAUGCCUACAUUGUCGUGCAGGUCGAGAACCCAGGCACAGAGACCCCAUCCUACAAGGUGUCAGUCACCGCACGGGAAGAUGUGCCCGCCUUUGGCCCACCUCUGCCCAGUCCUCCUGUUUUCCAGAAGGGCCCGGAGUUCAGGGAGUUUCUGCUCACCAAGCUCACCAACGCAGAGAACGCUUGCUGCAAGUCGGACAAGUUUGCAAAGCUGGAGGACCGGACCAGGGCCGCCCUUCUGGACAACCUUCACGAUGAGCUUCACACCCACACACAGGCCAUGCUGGGCCUGGGCCCAGAAGAGGACAAGUUUGAGAAUGGGGGCCAUGGGGGAUUCUUGGAGUCUUUUAAGAGAGCCAUCCGUGUGCGCAGCCACUCCAUGGAGACCAUGGUGAGCAGCCAGAAGAAGCAGCACAGCGCGGGCAUCCCCGGCAGCCUCAGUGGGGGCAUCUCCCACAACAGCAUGGACGUCACCAAGACCACCUUCUCGCCUCCAGUGGCGACGGCGGCAGCAGCGAAGAACCAGUCGCGGAGCCCCAUCAAGCGGCGCUCGGGGCUCUUCCCCCGUCUGCACACAGGCUCUGAAGGCCAAGGCGACGGCCGGACACGAUGUGACAGUGCAUCCAGCAACCCCAAGACCCCGGAGGGUGCACACUCUUCUCAAGAGAUAAAGUCUGAGGCCUCAUCCAAUCCCAGCUCUCCGGAAAUCUGCCCCAACAAGGAGAAGCCCUUCAUAAAGUUGAAAGAGAAUGGCCGAGCCAACAUCUCCCGCUCCUCCUCCAGCACCAGCAGCUUCAGCAGCACGGCGGGGGAGGGAGAGGCCAUGGAGGAAUGUGACAGCGGGAGCAGCCAGCCGUCCACAACCUCACCCUUCAAGCAGGAGGUGUUUGUCUACAGCCCGACCCCGAGCAGCGAAAGCCCCAGCCUGGGGGCGGCUGCCACCCCCAUCAUCAUGAGCCGGAGUCCUACAGAUACCAAAAGCAGAAACUCCCCGAGGUCAAACCUGAAAUUCCGCUUUGAUAAGCUCAGCCAUGCCAGCUCUAGUGCGGGUCACUAAUGGGAAAGAGGAUUCCUUCGCUUGUCAAAGGGAAGCCCUGAUUCAGUCUUGGAGAAGGCUCCUGUUCCAGCACUUUGGGGGUGCCAUCCACUACUCACAGGCCUGCUGCCGCGCCGGCCCCCUGCCCACCAGACCAGUUAUCUGUGCCAGUGUCCCGAUCCGGCCACGGUCCUGCCUGUCCCCCUUGCCAAGGCACCCUGGAAGCACUUCUCCUUCUCUGGA